AUGGCCUCGGCCAACAUCCAGGCUCCGAACGACCAGCCUGAGCCAGCAGACUUCAAGCCUCGCAACAACCCUGCGUUCAUCCUUCAUGGGAAGCUCAGUACGAGCUUCGGAGAGCUGCCUGUACCAAGCGUCGGUCCCGAUGAGGUCUUGGUGGAAGUCAAGAAGACCGGUAUCUGCGGCUCGGACGUCCACUUCUACAACACCGGCAAGAUGGGUCUCGUCUCCUGCACCGGCGACAUGUGCCUCGGCCACGAGUCGUCCGGCUAUAUCGCCCAGCUCGGUUCCAACCUCGCCGCUAUGGCGCGCAAGGCCGAUUCCGAGAAGGGGUCUGCAAAAGGACCCGCAAAGCAGGUCUUGAGGGUAGGAGACAAGGUGACGCUCGAGCCGGGAGUGACUUGCCGUAUGUGCCCGGACUGCAGGGGUGGACGAUAUCAGAUCUGCGAGCAUAUGGCCUUUGCUGCGUAUCCUCCUUUCGACGGUACCCUCCAGCGAUACUACAAGCUCCCCGCGGACCUGGUGUACCCCCUUCCCGACUCGGUCGAUCUCGUGUAUGGAGCCAUGAUGGAGCCGCUCUCCGUCGCUGUGCACGGUAUCGCCAACGUCGGCAAGCUGCGCACAAGCGAGAACGUCCUCAUCUUCGGCGCAGGACCCGUCGGGCUGCUUGCCAUGGGCGUGGCGAAGGGUUUGGGAGCCGGAAGGAUCAUUGCGGUGGAUAUCAACCAGGAGAGGUUGAAAUUUGCCAAGACUUACGCCGCGACGGACAUCUACACACCGAUCAAGCAAAAUGCCGACGAGUCCAGGCCGGACUACUCUCUUCGAGCGGCGAAGGAUCUGCUCUCUUCGCUCGGUGUCCCCGUCAGAGGACCAGGGUCGAUCGACUUGGUCAUGGAUGCCACAGGCGCCGAAGUCUGCAUUCAAAUGGGUAUCAACGCAGUCAGGCCAGGUGGUGUAUGCGUUCAAACUGGGUUCGGACCGCCCGACAUCACCAUCCCCAUGUUCCGCUUAACGACGGAUGAGAUCCAGCUCAAGGGAUGCUGGCGGUAUGGGCCGGGUGACUAUCCACUUGCGAUCGAUCUGGUCGCCAGGGGUCUGGUGGAUCUGAAGCCGCUCCUCACGCACGAAUUCAAGUUUGAGGAUGCGCUCGAGGCGUUUGAAGUGACCAAGGCGGGCAAGUCGGCGGAUGGGAAGACUGUCAUCAAGGCUGUCAUUUCUGGACCGGAGUAG